AUGGAUCCCCGGCUGUUUACAUGUAGCAUGCUCUGGCUCCUUCUCGCUUCUCCCAUCCCGAUUGCAUCGCUGGCGGUGCCGCUGCAAUCCAAAGACGCGCCGAGUCAGUCUCUGCUCACGGACACCGCCAAGCGGGCUGUUCGUGUGGAGGAGGCGGAUCCUCUGCCCUUGCAGCAGAAGCCCCGGGGCGAUCCGCGCGAGUAUCAGUACGCCGUGCUAAGCAAUGGCCUGCAAGUAGUCAACAUCUUCGAUCCCAAUUCGACGCAGGCAGCCAUCUCCGUGGCCGCCUCCGUCGGCUCCUUGGCGGACCCCGAGGGCUUUGAUGGCUUGGCCCACCUCACAGAGCAUGCCAUGUUCUUGGGUUCCGAGAAGUUCCCAGAGCAGUCAGGAUUCGAUGCCUGGCUCGCCGAGCGCGGGGGCUUCUCGAAUGCCUACACUGCCGAGGAGCAGACAGUCUACUAUGUCUCCUUGAACGAGAAGGCUUUCGAAGACUGCCUCGAGCGCUACGCUGAUGUUUUUCACGCGCCGCUGUUCAAGCCAUCUUGGGUCUGGAACGAGGUCUCGGCGGUGAACAGUGAGCACCAGAAGAACCGGAACAGUCAGGAGUGGCGGAUCUUCAGCCUCAUCAACCACCACGCCGACGAGCGCAGCCCCGUGCAUCGCUUCCACACGGGCAACCUGGAGACGCUGCAUGGGACCUCCAAGGUAGGACAGGAGCCGAAAGAAUUUCCAAAAUUCGAGGUCAAGGCAGGCUACUUGGAAGGUCCCUUCACUGAGUCCCAAGUCGGCGACCUGCUUGGUCACGACGGCUGGGGUGCGGUGAGAAGAUUCGCAGUGGUGCAAGGCUCGGGUCCAGACCAGAAGACCCGGCCAAUUGAUGAUGGCCAUGAAAGUCAAAUCAACUCGGCUUAUACUGCCACCAUGAAAUUGGACUUGCAAUCCUCAGAAUACGUGGCGAGCCCCAUUUCCUCAGCCUUCUCCACCUUCCCAGACCUCUUGGGAGGAAUCGUAGACGCAAUCCUGGAAAGACAAGAGCUUCUAGGCACCCCUGGAGGAUACUUCGGACACCUCGCCUACUGCAUGCCGCAUGAUCCACGGCCCGCAAGCCGAGUAACCGAGAGGAUGCGCGUCAACGACGAUUCUGCAGACGACGAGUCGGAUGCGUACUUAGGCGGCUUGAAACUCGAGACGACGCGAUUGUGGCGGCGAGAGGUGCUGGAUCGGAAUAUCACCUUCGGUGCUUGCAUCAUUCUUAUUGAGAAUGUCGUGCUGUCCUUUCAGACCGUGGCCCUGAUGGUGCAGAAGUGGCGCCACUGGCAACUAUGGCUUCCGUACUUAGUCACCUACGGCGUGGAGUGGCCCCUUCUGACGUACAUCCUCCGUCAUCCCAGCAUGCACCUGUACCUCUGGGUGCUCGGCUUUGAUUCGAUUAUUUCUUUGGUGGCGGCCGAUCCAAUGAUGUUGUCCUGGUUCGAGUCCGACGUGAAUCAUGAUAACACCGGCUACCAGGUUCUCUAUUUUGACAUGAUCUACGUGCUCAUGUCCGUAAUGUACUAUCCCACCGUCUUCCAUUUGACAAUGUUCACCUUGGGGAGGACUCUAGUCUUUGUCGUUUACAUCGGUGGUGUCUUGUACACCUGUGCGAAUACCAACGAGGUGGCAUUCACGCACCGCGUUUUCGAUAUUUGUGUUGGCACCGUUGCCAUGUUGAUGGUGAACGCCAUCGCCAUCGCGCAGAAGCGCCACCUUGCGAAGCUGCAGAGGCACCAAGCAGAGGUCGAACUGAAGCGCCGGUACGUGUGCUCCAAGAUGUUCAACGUUUUCAAUUUCAUGGUCCCGCCGUUUUACGUGAAGCGUCUCCUGCGCUAUCCGGGCAUGGUCAUUGCGAACCGCGUCGAUCGCGUGUCAAUCCUGUUCAUCGUCCUUUUGGAUUUCGACAAGUACUCGCAAAGCAUGAGUCCGUCGAAGCUCUUCCACUUUCUCAAUGAGACCUUUACUAACAUCGACGUGGUUUGUGCACAGCAUGGUGUCACCAAGAUUGAGACCGUCGGCGAGGAGUAUGUUUGUGGCGUUGGCGUUUCGCCAACCGAUCAAGACGAGGACCACGUCCACGGCCACACCAGCUGCCUUUCCCGGCUGCUGGGAGUGGCCUUCGAGCUGCAGUCGAUGUCCGAGUCGCAGGACACCCCUCUCGUGAAGAUGGGCAUCCACACCGGGCCGGUAGUGGCCGGAGUCGUGGGCCGCAGGUUACCUCGCUUUCGCCUCUUCGGCGACACCAUGAACAUGGCUGCCAGGAUGAUGCAGAAGAGCCUGCCUGGGGAGGUCCAGUUCGGUGAGGAGACCAAGCAGUAUUUGCCUGACUGGGCCGUGGCUCAAUCUCGUGGCUGGGUUGAGAUGAAGGGCAAAGGCCGUGUGAUGACGUACCUCUUGCGCGGCUCAGCUCCUGAGGAGCUCUCGAGCUUGAACUGGGUGCGCGAGACCAGCGACCACAUCAGCAUGCCAACGACGCUGCUGGUGCCCAGCUUUCCCAAUGGCAACCAGAUGCCAACACCGCGGAGGCUGGGCGCCCGCACGGGAAGUCGGGCGAAGACAGAGGGACAGGCCGUGAGGCAACAACAUGCCGGUGACCCCGGCCCCAUGCGGCGCUCGACUGUGCGUCUCGCCACGCCGAGCUCGCCGAGUCCGCACCGGCUGGCCGGCAUUAUGAAGGAGCUGCUGGGGAUGAAUUCAAAUGCCGAUGGCGAGUCCGACCUGGACGCCGACUUCGCCGAGGACAUUCUCAGCGUGGCCCAUGAGGUGACGAAGCAGCAAAGCAGCCAGAUCAUGGGCAGCUUCACCCGGGCGCAGUGGCUCAAGAGGUUGCAGUGGAUCUGGCACUGCAAGAGGUGGGCGGCCCCGCGAAGCUUCCCCGACAGCGAAAACGAGGAGUUCUGCCGGUGGUUCCACCUACAUUACAGCUGCGGCCGCCUCUUGAAGGAACUGCGGAAGCAGGCAUUCAUCUCCCUUCUUGUCACCAUCGGCUCGACGGUCUACGCUCUCUUCAAGCUGCACAGUUUUAGCGCGGGCGAUGUUGUGGAGACGCUGACGGUCAUCAAGUGGUUCCUGGUUUGCCGCUCGGCCAUGUGGCUCCUCAUCCUCACCUUCUGGUUCUUCGCCGCCAGGGGCCUCUUCAAGCAGAUCGACGUUUGGAGGGCCCAGGCGCUUCUGUCAUUGCUAAAGCACGUGCUUGGGAUCCUGAUCUACUGCUCCUACGGCAUCCUACUGAGAAUCAUCCGUCAGAACUCCCCGGAUCCCACCUGGAUCUGCGAGCGUUUUCCGCUCCUGGGAAUCUCCUUCAAUGUGCUCCCCCUGGCCUUAUUCACUGAGUUCUGCUACUGGAUGACCAAAGCACAGACUCUCUUCCUGCCCGGGUUUCUCGGCGUCUUCAUCACCGCCUUCGUGCUCAUCCUCCUGGGAUACCAGAAGGUCUUUGACACCGAGGGUCUUUUGAACUAUCUCAAUGUCAUCAGCUUGUUCAACUCCUUCCGGAUCUAUUCGAUGGAGUACACUCUGCGGCAGAGGUACAUUGCCAUGCACCGGGUGGAGGUGAUGCAAGAGCGGAUCGAGGGCAUUCUGGGGACCUUGAUGCCGCCUCUGGUCAUUGAAGAGAUCAAGAGACUGGCACACUAUGUGUCCCAUCACUACAAGAAUGCCACCAUCGCCCAGUCGGACCUUUGUGGAUUCACCGCCCUGGCGAGCACCCGGGAGCCAGAGGAGGUUGUCAAAUUCAUCAGCCAGAUCUUCGACCUCUUUGACGAUCUAGCCGAUCGCUACGACAUUUACAAGGUCGAGACCGUUGGCGAUGCCUACAUAGCUGGACAGGCGGACUUCCCGCUAACGGUUGACAACAAACCGUUGCACCUCGGCGCAACGGCUUGGAUCUACCGGCACAGCUUCCAUACUAACUGA